UGCCCCUGAUCCGUGAACAAAAUUGCGUCUCCGCUCCCAACAAAUCCCACGCCAGCCUUCUCACCCUCCAAACUCCAAACUCCACUCAUCUUUUACCAUGGCUUUUAAGGCGUUCGCUGUGUUGGUGGCUCUUUGCCUGGUUUCGCUGGCGUCUGGGUUCGUCGCGCCAACUGCCGUCGCACGGAAUGUGGCAAUGAAGCAGGCGGUGCAGAUGAGCGCAAAGUCCGGCUUGCCGGCGGCGGCCGCUCCUGCUGCUGCUCUCGGGGCGGCGGCAGCUGUGUGCUCCCCGCUCGCCUCCUUCGCGGCCGACCCGUCCAGCGCGCUGGCGCAGCUCCCCACCGAGCUCCUCGCGGACAACGGCACUGCCACCCUCGCGAUUGUCGUGGGCAUGUUCAUCCCGUGCUCGUUCCUCAUCACGCUGUACUUCGGUACCGAGCAGAAGAAGAAGGGCAUCAUCGAGGGGCAGGAGAUGAACAAGUAGAGGGAAGGAAGAGGAAGGAAUGAUGACAGUUACUUUUUCCUUUUUUUUUUUCGUCCUUUUGCACGAGAGCCCGUGUUCUCUUUCUUGUCCCCGCGGGGGUGUGACGACGUGGCGUUUGACCGGUAGGGUCAUGAUCUGAUGGAUGGACGGAUAGAUUGGACGAGUAAGCACGGGCCGUAAGUUUUUUCGGUGCUGGCAACGGUUUUGGUUCUCUCUCGAAUAGACGCCGAAGGGUUGGAUUGUGAGACCGAACGUCUCCCGGGUCGGUCUCCUCUGUUGUGGUUCUGAGGUUUUUCGGUGCUCUGUAUGCAUGUUUGGCCUGCAGCGUCAAUAGCGGCAGGAGGAGCAACAAAGAAGCCGCACUGGGGGGCAAAAAUACAAAAAAAAAACUGCAAGAUUUCAUUAGAUUUCAGAUUCUUGGCCUCGGCUCUGGUGUGUAAAGUGUUUUAUCCGUUCUAUCUAUUUAGAAGCGGGGGGGUGGCUAAUAUUAAUGAGCACGCGGAAAAAUGCGUUCGGGGGCGUCUGAGGUGUCGGUGUCGGUGCGAAAGCCUCCCGCAGUCGUCCCGUGCGCGGUUCAGUGCGUCGAACGGAACAGCGUGUGUGCCCUUUGCCGCGAUACAGGUUGUCGUAAGGAUUUUGUCGCCCGCACCAGCUCGCUGAGGAACGGAAGGAAUUAACAUAAUUUUUGCCUCUGUUUUUGUAUUUGUAAUUGGCGGAGUGUGCGCAGUGGGAACGGGGGCUUGCGUCCGUUUUUGCCUGUGAUUCCUUCGACGUUCUUGUGGACCCCCCACCCCUCAGAAAGUAUCCAGCGAAAUCUGUCUUUCGUUAAUCAUGCAAGACUGUCUUGCAGAUGGACACCGGGUGAAUGUUCUGGCUCGCACGUCUGGUUGUAUCUCUGAUGACGCCAAGCUAGAUCGAACCUCGGAACACCGAACCUGACCCUUUUUUUCUGGAGGUGGUGUAUGUUGAUGAGCGAGGAAAGGUUGACGCCGCAGACCCUUCGAUUUACACAUACAUGAGUAGAUCGUGGCAAGAACUGCUCUUAUUUUGUGUUAUGCAUGAGCGAGGCUAUGAUGAGCGAUUCGAACAUGCCCGGCUGCGUCUCGCUUCUAGAAAAACGUGAACCUUGCACAACUGUAUCAUCGGAUUCCCAGUCGCGACAGGGAGACGCAGUCAUGUAUUGCGCACAAGUAAACUCUUUUUAGCCACACUAACAAAAUGCAAAAGAGCUCCAAUCGGACCUUCCUCCGCUUCUUCAAGAUGGCGUGCCUCUGGCGAGGUCACGAGUCAUUGCAUCUGCAUGGCAUCUGCCCAAAGGGAGAGAGAGUUGAGCGGCCGCGUAUCCGUCCGAAGUCUUGGCG